CGUUGUAGUCUGUAGCUGUACGUAUUUUUUCAUUUUCAGUUUUAUUUCAACUAGAGUGAAGUGGCGACUCGAGUAUUGAACUUUCAACUCAGUCAAGUUGCCGUAAGUCGGAAGUACAUUUAUUGAGCAGUGGUGGUUACUGGUCUUAUCAGAACGGUGCUGAAAUAACUUUAAAGAUGGAAAAUAAGACCGAAUUUCAAUAUCCUCAUACUUUUGUUUUGUUAGGUGCCUCUGGUGAUCUAGCAAAAAAGAAGAUCUAUCCUACUAUUUGGUACUUGUACCGUGAUAAUCUUUUACCAAAAAAUACCAGGUUUAUUGGUUACGCUCGAACUAAGCAGAAUAUUGAAGAAGUAAGGCAGAAGUCCUCAAAAUAUAUGAAGGUAAGACCAGGUGAUGAGAGCAAAUUUGAACAAUUUUGGGAAGCUAACGACUAUAUUGCCGGUUCAUAUGAUAAGAGAGUAGACUACGAGUUGCUUAAUCAGCAUAUUUAUAAGUAUGAGAAAGGCAUUGUUGCUAAUAGGAUAUUCUACCUUGCUGUUCCACCAACAGUAUUUGAAGAAGUUACAGUGAAUAUUAAAAAUGCAUGUAUAUCAAUCAAAGGUUAUACUCGAGUGAUAAUUGAAAAACCAUUUGGCAGAGAUGAUGUUAGUUCUGAAAAGCUUAGCAAUCAUGUGGCUGGUUUAUUUAAAGAAGAACAAAUCUAUAGAAUUGACCAUUAUCUUGGCAAAGAAAUGGUCCAAAAUUUAAUGACCAUCAGAUUUGCUAAUCAAAUAUUUAGCCCUUCAUGGAACAGAGAAAAUAUUGCUUCUGUUCUCAUAUCAUUUAAAGAACCCUUUGGUACCGAGGGUAGAGGUGGCUAUUUUGAUGACUUUGGUAUUGUACGUGAUGUGAUGCAGAAUCAUCUAUUGCAAAUUCUCUCAUUAGUUGCUAUGGAGAAACCAGUUUCAUUAAAUCCAAAUGACAUUAGAGAUGAAAAAGUCAAAGUUCUAAGGCAUAUAAGACCAAUUGAAUUAAAUGACUUAUUGGUGGGUCAGUAUAUCGGGAACCCUAAUGGUCAGGGUGAAGAAAAGUUAGGCUAUCUUGAUGAUCCAACUGUACCUAAUGAUUCGGUUACUCCUACCUAUGCUGUUGCUGCUCUUUACAUCAACAAUUCAAGAUGGCAAGGUGUACCUUUUAUAUUACGUUGUGGGAAGGCUCUCAAUGAGAGGAAGGCUGAAGUAAGAAUUCAGUAUAAGGAUGUACCUGGUGAUAUAUUUGAAGGUCACACUAAAAGAAAUGAACUUGUGAUAAGAGUUCAACCAGGUGAAGCUUUAUACUUAAAAUUAAUGUCAAAGUCCCCUGGUAUGAAGUUUGACUUGAUGGAAACUGAGUUAGAUCUUACCUACAGCAUGAGAUAUAAGGAAACAGAUGUGCCAGAUGCAUAUGAGAGACUUAUACUUGAUGUAUUUACUGGAACCCAAAUGCAUUUUGUAAGAAAUGAUGAGCUCAAAGAGGCUUGGAGGAUAUUUACUCCAGUAUUGAAUCAAAUUGAAGAAAAUAAAAUAAAACCAGUUCCAUAUGUUUACGGGUCUAGGGGACCACCUGAAGCUGAUGCAAGGUUGGCCCAAUAUGAUUUCAAAUAUUCGGGUUCUUACAAAUGGCAAAAGCCAUCUCUUCUUUAAUUUUCAAGGUGUGAAGUGAGAUGGUGGUGGUUUUUGGUUUAUUUAAAGUAUACGAAAGCAUUUUUAAGUACAGGCUCAUAUAAAGUUUACAUUCCAUAAUCUUAAUGACUUGCAAAAUUUUCUAAGGUCAUUUUAAAGUCAAACAAAAUUCAUUGUAAGAGUUGUGUGAUAAUCCAUGUUGUUGUAUUAUUAUUCUUUUUGAUAAAAGGGUGGUUUUAUAUAAGUACAAAAUAAGCAUCACAUUUUAUUUAUUAUUAUUGCAUAUUUCUAUAAUAUUAUGUAGAGGUCAUACAGGUCACCUUGAGGCAUAGAUUAGUUCAGAAAUGUUAUGUCCUGUUAUACAGUAACUAUUUGUGUUAUGAUAUAUAAUUCGUUCCAAACUAUUUUUUAAUAUAUUGAGAGGUAUAAAUAAAAUGGAAAAUACUCAUAUGUGUAACUAAAAAUAAACAAAAUAAAAAUGUUUUGGUUUAAGACCAUUGUGGAGUUUUUUGUGAUCUCUAACUUUAAUGUAAAAGCAAUAAAUAAAAAAAAAUUAAUUAUAAGUAAAUAAAAAGUAUUAUUGCUAAUUGUCAUGGACAAGAUAAAUAUACCUAUUAUUAAUAAGUUUUUGCAAAAGCUAUAUUUUUAUACACAAUAUUAGGUUAUUCUAUGCCUUAACUUAAAAUAUUUUUUGAUAGAAAGGUUUUGACAUAGUUGUAUUUGCUUGGUUUUGAAAACAAUAUUGUUGGUGUAUUGGUAUUUUUUGAAACAUUUAUACUUUUUUAAUAAAUACACAUUUACUAAAAAAAAAA